AUGAACAGCGAUGAAGUGCAAUUGAUUAAAAAGACCUGGGAAAUACCCGUGGCAACUCCAACAGACUCCGGAGCUGCUAUAUUAAUGCAAUUAUUUACACGCUAUCCAUCCAAUUUGGAAAAAUUCCCGUUUCGUGAUGUCCCGUUAGAAGAAUUGAGUGGUAAUUCACGUUUUCGUGCCCAUGCUGGACGCAUUAUUCGCGUAUUCGAUGAGUCUAUACAAGUGCUGGGACAGGAUGGAGAUUUGCAGAAAUUGGAUGAGAUCUGGACCAAAGUGGCCACAACUCACAUACCACGUCAAAUCUCUAAAGAGUCAUAUAAUCAACUCAAAGGAAUUAUUUUGGAAAUUUUAACUGCAGCUUGUAGUUUGAAUGAGAGUCAAGCCGCAGUGUGGGCCAAAUUGUUGGAUCAUAUCUACGAUAUCAUUUUUAAGGCAAUUGAUGAUGACGGCAACGCCAAGUAAAGGAGGCUAACUAGAGGCCAGGCACAGGCACAGCUUAUGUAGUUUUAAGUGAAUCAUAAUCGUUAGCAAUUCUUAUUUUUUUGUAUUCGAAAUGAAAUACAAAUUGCAAGCAAAAAGCAAAGGAAAAGAGGAAAACAUGAAAAACCAUACACACACACACACACACAUACACAUACACAAAGAUUUAUUGGAAAAGCUUUAACACAUUGUCAAUCCUAAGCACUAAUUUAGACCAUGCAGCUUCAAAGUGACAUUCAUAUAUUAAUAAUCUUUUUGUUUCUAUUUGUUCCUCAUUGAUUUUGUUUAAUUGUUUGUAAGUAGCAACAAAAAAAGGAAAAAAAAAGAAAAAACCAAAACAAAUAAAUAAAUGCCUGAAUAAAUUCUUUAUAAUGAAGUGUGAAAAACAA